GCUGCGCUCUCUCUUUUUUUUGUCUGCGGCUGGCGCGUUAAUGAAAAAAAAAUAGCCCAACGAGAAAGCAGCCCAUCUUUUUGGUCUUUGCAAGACUCGCAUCAAAUCAGGCCGAGCCCUGUUGCGCAUUCCUUCCUAAUCGUCCUACCGUGGACAAUGACCAACAACACAAUGGAAGAGCCAAGGGCACGUGGUACUGAUCCUCUAGAUUCCAUGGAGGAAAUUCCAGAGAGACUGGAUGAGCAACACGAAACCACGACCAAAAUCCUGGGCUUCCUCAUCCAUCCAAACAUCCCCGUGACGUCACCCACACUCAAAGUCGCCGACGUCGGCGCCGGUACGGGAAUAUGGCUCCUCGACGUUGCUCGCUCUCUGCCGUCAACAUGCCAGCUCACCGCAUACGACAAAACCCCCUCCGGCUUCCCCCCGUCCAGUGCCUGGCCAGCCAACGUAUCCUUCAAGAUCCAGGACAUGUACGCCCCCUUCCCAGCCGCCGAGCUGGGGACCUACGACCUCGUCGCGGUCCGAUUCGUCAGCAGCGCCAGCACCCGCGCCGACUGGGCCCGCGCCGUCGCAAAUCUGACCACGCUGCUCCGGCCGGGCGGCUGGCUGCAGUGGACCGACAGCUGCAACUUCGCCCUGUACAACUCUGCGCCGGGGACCUCGCGCGUCGCCUGCCAAGAGAUAUACGACGGUCUGGACCCCUUUCGCCCCGGUCUUGCUGGCAUCAAUGGCCCCGUCAUCGGGCUCAUGAUGCGCGAGUCUUGCAACGUGCGCAGGCCAGACGUCUUUCGGGAUGCGGGGCUGGUCGACGUGCACGAGGAUGUCUUUUCGACGGACAAACUGCAGGACCCGGGGCUUGGGUUCAGGGACAAGGGUACCAGGAAUAUCAUGGAGUGUUUUCUGGGGUGUUUGGAGGAGCUGGUGACGGUCGAGGGCAGCGGGUGGACCAAGGAGCGGAUCGAGAGGUUGCGGGGCGGGGCCAUGGGGGAGAUCGAUGCGGGGGUCUAUCACACCCUAGACCAGGUCUGCAUUAUAGGGAGGAAACCUAGCGAGAGCUGACUUUGUGUCACUAGAAAUAAAACAUCGAUCUUGAAUAUCGCCUGU